GCAAAACCCACCCAGAGGAAACAGGAGGAAAUCAGGAAGCUGCCUGCUUGUGACAGCCGUAUCAAAGAAAAGCACUGUACAAAAAAAGGCCGGACCUGGGCUUGAACUCUUGUCCUUUUCGAUUCGAAAUAGACUCCUAAAACCCUCCAACAACAUGGCGAAGACCACCGGGAACGCUGCCCGCUUCAGGCGUGUGGACGUGGACGAGUACGACGAGAACAAAUUUGUGGACGAGGAGGACGGAGCAGAAAACCAGCUGGGACCCGACGAGGCAGAGGUGGACUCCCUCAUCAGACAAGGCAAUCUGAUGGAGGCUCUACAAGCAGUCCUGAAGAACCCGCCGAUCAACACGAAGAACCAAAACGUCAAGGAACGUGCAGAGGGUUUGGUGCUGAAGGUGCUCAGCGCCUUUAAGAGCAGUGACAUUGAAAAAGGGGUGCAGUCCCUCGACAAAAAUGGCGUCGACCUGCUGAUGAAAUACAUCUACAAAGGCUUCGAGAGGCCGUCAGAAAACAGCAGCGCGGUCCUGCUGCAGUGGCAUGAAAAGGCUCUGGCAGCUGGAGGAGUCGGCAGCAUCGUGCGGGUACUAACAGCGAGGAAAACGGUCUAAAAGAAGAGGAUCAGUUCCACAUCAAUAACACAUAUGGGAUAUUAUUGAUGUCGUCUAACAGAUGGCAUAGGGACUAAAAUGAAAAACUAUUCUUUAACCCAAUGCGAUCCCGCUAGACAAACUCAAAUCUGCAUCACAUUGUGUUAAAGAAACAUGUUUUUAUUUUGUAUUCCCAUUCAUGAUCACAGCCCAGUCAACACAGGGUGCUACAGAGAACCUUACAUGUGUACUGCUUCCUAGAUUUCCUUACUGUAUUCCCCUUUGUCUUCAUGUCAUUCCUAUGCAGUCUGUAGAUAUUCUGCUGUACACACAGCGGUUCCCAACCGAGGGGAGAUAGCAAUGAAUAUUCCUGGAUUUGAUUCUAACUCAGGAUAAUUCUACCUCUCUUAUCAGUCUAAUGUAAGUAAAAGAGGUUGGGAGCCACUGCUGGACAGUACUUUAUCUACACACUCAUACAAACAGACACAAUUGUGCUCACUCACAGGCAUGACUCAGCAAUAUUUCCUCCAUUCAAACCCACACAGGGUUUCAGCUUUGCUUCUCUAGGGAAAACUCUCAGUAUUUGUUUUCCAUCUUCUCUUCACUAGAGAUUUUCUGAGGGUGUAAAAGCCAGAGUCUCUGUUAGUAAAUCCUCUCAUUGCCUCUCCCUGUCACACUUUAGCUGUGGGAGGCUCUUGAAAAGCGCAGUCACAGAUGGAGGAUGGUGGAUUUGCACCCGGGGGUCGCCAUUUCCCCCCGUAGAGCGGGAGGGAAGGGUGGGGGUUGGUGUCAUCCAUCCAUCCUUUCACACUGCCUGCUGCCCCAGUUAAGGAUUAUUACCCACGAUGCAUCUCCACCACCACUCUUAUUAAUCCUAUUUUGCUAUUCCUCACAUCCCUUGUGUGUCUGACCCUCUCAUGCACCCUCUGUCACUGAGCAGGGCAUUAUGGGGCUUUUUCUGUACUUUGAGAAAAAAAUAACAUGUCACCAUUAGAGUCCUUUUUCAUAUUGUUUUAUUUUGGUAUUUAACAGAAAAACAAUAUCUAUGAUAAAACAUUUUCCGCUUGGUUUGUUAUUGCUUUAAAGUUGGGUUUUGACCACAGCUUAAAAGGUUCGAAUAUAUCAGGGUGUAGGAGAGACUUAAAUAAAAAUAAUUAAUGUUAAAAAGGUAUUUUUUGCAUGAUCCCAAUCUUGAGUUUUGAGUAUUCUGUCAAGCAUUUCAUACCUAUCUUUUCUAGAUGGGAGGUUUUUGUAUUGAAUCUGGGUUUGAAUCUAUGCUUGUUCAUUCGAACAAUUCCUCCACGCGUGGUAUAGCAGUAGGGAGUUACUACCACGUAUGCUUCUUUUUUUUUUAAAUGAGGAAAACUGGAAAUGUUGAAGCUUGAUCUGCCUUAUCGGGUAGAUAACGUCUGUUGCCAAAUGAUCUGUUUUGCUUUCAUGGUAAUACUGUAGCUUAUAGUGAUGAUUUUGUUGCCCUUAUGUAUUGGAGAUUUUUUUUUUUAAACAAAGUGGUGGAGUUCUACGAAUAAACAGUAUACAUUAACAUGCAAGCAAAGUGUUUUAUGGUUGGAAAGAUUUGCCAUUUUGAAAAAAUGAUGUAGUGAUCAGGGGAAUUUAGACCCAGCAUAAUGUUUUGUUUCUGCUCAUUUUAAAUAGCUUUUUCUAAAAGACGCAUACAUUUGUGUUUUCUCACGAGUUAUCAACAGUUGAUAUUUAGACAUGGGUUUUCAUGUUUAAAUACGGUCAUCAGUGAUGAAGCAUCCAGACACUAGAUUCCUCUUCCUCUUGCAGGAAAGUCUAGUUUUACAUGAAAACAAAAAACAGCCUGAUAUUUUCAUGUAAUCUGAGAUGCUCUUCCAGCUGAGGGAGCAUACCACACUGAUGUACAGUCUGCCUUACUCUAUAUUACUUUUUUUUAUGUUAAUGCUUUUUUGACAAAAAUAAAAAAGGUAUGAAUGCAAAUCAUAA